AGAAUGUAGAUAAAAACAGGCACAGUUAUGUGAUACAUGUUAACAGUGUUUUGCAGGAGUGUUAAUGGUGGUGUGAAGAGAUAAGAGCAGGGGAAGUUAAGAAGGCACUGUACAACUACAACUGCCAUGUUCAGGGGUUCCUUGGAGUAGCAUUAAAGACUAUCUCUCUCUUUCACCUAUACCAGCAAAAUAAGUUUUACUAAGGAAGGAAAACAAUGGACCAAAAAGAAAGAAUGAAUAAAGAAAUAUAGAAGUAGCAGAUUUAUAAGUUGAAUAUUGGAUUGGUGCUUUGAUGAUUUUUAUUUUUCUUGGUUGAAUGAGAACAUGGGUUCUGUUUCUCAGACACUGCUCAUGAUUUUCAUAAUAAUCAUUUUCAUGCCUUUAUCAUUAAACAGUUGCACCACCACACACAAUGCUGAUGAUGAUGCUACUUUGUCAAAUGCCUAUGCACCAGAGAACUUAAAUGUUCAUCAUCAUGGCCUACAGCAGUUCGAAAAGGAAGAUGUGAUUCUGAAUCAGAUUGAGAAAGUUUCAGGAAAGGAUGAGAAUGAUGAAGGAGAGCCUAAAAGCUCUUUAGUGGAAAAGUUCAGGGUUUUACUUGGGCUAAGGAGCUUCCACGUGAGAAGAACAUCAAAUGGUGACCAUGGAUAUUUGUCUCCAGCCCCAUCUCCAUCACUCUUUGGUGAAGCUGAGGUUCCGGUUCCAGCUCCAGCUCCGGCACUUAGUCCUGCUCCUGUGCAUCAUAUCCAUUUGAUACCCCACGCUGCAAAACAUGGUUUGAACAAAUUUCCUCCAGCUCACAAGAUUAAAAAUGAUGAUGAUGAUGAUGAAGAUGAUAAAGGAAGAGUCAAAAGGAUUCUUGUUGCUGUUCUAGUCUCAGUAGGAGCUGCCACUUUGGUUUCUAUUGUUGGUCUCAUGUGGGCUUACAAGAAGUACAGAACAGAUCAAAACAAGCCCAAAACAAAAAUGUCAGUGUAUGGGAAAAAAGGAGGCAGAUCCAAGUGUGUGAGUUUCAACAGAUCAGCUAGCAAGGUGAGCUUAAAUCCUGGUCUUGAUCUCUUUUAUCUUGAUUCAUUAGGAAAAGAUCUAGAGCAACAACCACAUGAGCCUUCUUCUUUUCUAAAGAAAAUUUCUGAAACUGGUGUCACAUCACCAAAUCAUAGCAUACCAAAUGAUACUACAUUGCCUGCGAGAGAAGUUUCUGUCCAAGAACCAAUAACAUCUGAAUUUGAUAACCUCAGUAGUUCUUCCACUAGGGAAAUUAAGUCAGUACAUGAAGAUGCAGGUUCAAUCAACCAAGAACAUAAUUCCCUCACUUUCCCAUCUGGGGUUAAAGUUGUUCCUACAGAAUGUCAUUACUCGGAUGAUGAUGAUGAUGAUGAUGAUGAAUCUUUUCAUUCAUUUGGAGAUUCAAACUCGUCCAAUGCCAUUCGCCUUUCCAAUGCUUCAGUAGGUAGUUUCAGUGAUGCAUUAGAGAAUUUCAACCCAAAUGAGUGGAACAAAUCUUCUUUAAUGUCCCCUCUUGUGAACUUAGCUCAAAACUCUUCUCCAUUUCUGGAUUUAAAGUCACCAAGCAAAGAUGAAAGUGACAAAUUACCAACUUCAUCAUCCUCUUCCAUUAAUCAAAAGAGUUUAACCCCUCCUCCACCACCUCCACCACCACCUCUGCCUCCCCCACGUGUAAGCUUUCUUUCUUCUCAUUUUUCUUCUUGUUCAACUAGAGUUGAGUCUAAAGCUUCAAGCUCUUCCACAUUGCCAAACCAAUCAUCUUCUAAAGAGCCAGAAUCUAUUUCUGGAUUAGACAAAACUAUGCAAGUUAAAGAGUUGGCUUCUCCACCUGAGAACCCCUCAAAACCAUCAGCAAGUUCACCCGGAAUUCCUCCCCCACCAUGCCCUCCUCCAUUGUUCAAAACUAAUAAUACAUUUUCCAAGGCACCACCUCCUCCACCAUCACAAUUUGAUCAGCUUUCGGCUUUGGGAAAAGAUGGAACACCCCUUCCAAAAUUGAAGCCUCUGCAUUGGGACAAAGUAAGAGCUGUGCCAGAUCGUUCCAUGGUGUGGGACAAGCUGAGAUCAAGUUCAUUUGAAUUGGAUGAGGAAAUGAUUGAGUCACUUUUCGGAUACAGUCUACAAAACUCAAUAAAGAAUGAUGAAGCGAAGAGCAAAACUCCUUCUCCAAGCAAGCAUGUUUUGGAGCCAAAGAGAUUACAGAACAUAACCAUACUUUCUAAAGCCCUCAAUGUGACUGGUGACCAAGUAUGUGAGGCAAUAUUACAAGGGAAUGGCUUGCCAUUACAACAGCUAGAAGCACUUGUGAAGAUGGUACCAACCAAAGAUGAAGAAGCGAAGCUCUCUGGCUACGAAGGAGACAUCACUGAACUGGGGUCAGCAGAGAAGUUUGUGAAGGCAAUACUAACUAUACCUUGCGCCUUUCAACGAGUUGAAGCUAUGCUUUACAGAGAAACUUUUGAAGACGAAGUGGUUCAUCUCAAAAACUCAUUUUCAAUGCUAGAGGAAGCAUGCAAGGAACUCAGGUCAAGCAGACUUUUCUUGAAGCUAUUAGAAGCUGUACUCAAAACAGGCAACCGUUUGAACGUGGGAACCAUAAGAGGUGGCGCCAGGGCUUUCAAGCUCGACGCACUGCUCAAACUGGCCGACGUAAAAGGCACCGAUGGUAAGACCACUCUGCUCCAUUUCGUCGUCCAGGAGAUUAUCAGAUUAGAAGGAAUCAGAGUUUCUGAUAGCAUAAUGGGGAGAAUCAACCAGGCUAACAAAACUAGAACUCCAGAAGAGAGAGAAGAAGAUUACAGAAGAAUGGGACUAGAACUGGUAUCUGGCCUUAGUACUGAACUUUACAACGUGAAGAAAACGGCUGCCAUUGAUUUGGAUGUCCUCGCCAGCUCUGUCUCGAACCUAUCUGAUGAAAUGUCUAAACUGAGAAAACUUAUUACCGAGGCCUUAAGCAUGGAUGAGAAAGCUGGUAACUUCAUAAACUCCAUGAAUUCGUUUCUGGGUUUUGCAGAGAAGAGGCUGAAGGAGCUACAGGGAGACGAAGACAGAGUUCUGUCACAUGUCAAAGAAAUUACAGAGUACUUCCAUGGUGAUGUGAGUAAAGAAGAAGCCAACCCACUUCGGAUAUUUGUGAUAGUGAGAGACUUUCUGGGCAUGUUGGACAAUGUAUGUAAAGAGCUUCGUAGUUCAAAUUCAAAAGCUCACCGUAGUCCGAACCCUCUGUCUCCAUUCAAGUAGAUGGCUCCAUUUUUUGUGCGUUUUAUGAGUAUGUAAUUCUCAUCAUUAAUCAACCAGAAUGUAUUCUGAUUUUGUUUUUGUUUUUGUGUAAAGAUUUGAAUUUUUUAUUUUUUUUAGAUUGAAUUGUUUGUCAACUUUUAAGUAGUUUGGUAUUUCAUUUUCGAGCUUUCUUGAGUCGAAGAACAAGUCUUAAAUUGUUGUAACUUGUAACCUCUGUAAAAAAAAUGAUCUUUUAUGUUCUACAA